CGGAAGAGGCCGGAUGCCCGGGGCUGGGCUGGGGCUGUGCGCGCGGCUGAGGCGGCCUUCACAGUGUGGACCUGCCCUGCCCAGCACGGUCACCUGCUCUCUCGGAAUAGCGCAGUGAGCGAGGCGGACCGGGAAGCGCAGGGGAAGGAGUCCCGGAAAGAGCCCUGUUCUGGAGGAAAUGAGGCCGCUCUGUGGUAACAGAUCUGCACGGUCCAGGUAGUGAAUACUGACUGCUGGGAAAUAGAAGAGUACUUUUUGAACAAAAAAUAUGCCUCCCAAGUUCAAGCGCCACCUAAAUGAUGAUGAUGUCACUGGCUCUGUGAAAAGUGAAAGGAGAAAUCUUUUGGAAGAUGAUUCAGAUGAAGAAGAGGACUUUUUUCUAAGGGGACCAUCUGGACCAAGAUUUGGACCUAGAAAUGAUAAAAUUAAGCAUGUUCAGAAUCAGGUGGAUGAAGUUAUUGAUGUCAUGCAAGAAAAUAUCACAAAGGUAAUUGAAAGAGGGGAGAGACUAGAUGAACUACAGGACAAAUCAGAAAGCUUAUCGGAUAAUGCAACUGCUUUUAGCAACAGAUCCAAACAGCUUCGAAGGCAAAUGUGGUGGCGUGGAUGCAAAAUAAAAGCCAUCAUGGCAUUGAUUGCUGCUGUCCUUUUGCUAGUGAUUAUCAUUCUUAUAGUUGUGAGAUACCAUACUUGACUUGAUGGCAGAGCUCCUCAUUAAACAAGAUCUGGGACAAUAACAAUAACACAAGAUUGCUGCAUAAUUUAAAUGAAACUUAUGUAUAUAACUUUCAAUUUUUCUUUUUCAAGAAAGAGGCAAGUACCAUUUCAAAUUGGAACAUGGAGAAUGUUUCAGUUAUCUUCUUCCCGCCUGACAAAAUGUGCUUUGAGUAGUUAUAUUUAAGGCAAAGAUCUUUAUUUUGUUUUAUCCCAAGGAUCUAAUUUGAAACUAGAUACUUGCCAGCUCAUUAUUUGUAUAUAUUGUUAAACACUGAUACUUACAUUUUAGUGGCAGAGAAACUUGUAUUAUUGCUUUAAAGUGAGAGUCGGGGGGGGCGUCAGGAAGCCUAUGAAGAGUACCAAAUCAUUAUGCUACAGAGAUGCAUAGACAUCCCAUCAACAUGUGCAAGACUAUCACACUUCUCCUAUUAUAGUUGCUUUGUAGGCAGUUUCCACUUUCACUGCUGUGACAAAAGCGAAAUGUAAAUGUUUCUGCCUUCAGCUAUAACUAAAAACAUUCCAGUAAACCUGUUCUCACUGUGUAAGGAAAUGUGUUGUAAAUUUUUAGUGUUUACAUUAUGAAAAUGGAAAACAGUGUGAAUAACAUAGUAUGGUAUUAUAAAACUGGAAAUAAUAAAAUUAUUGGAGACUGUCACUGGAGUGUUUGAAAGUGAGCAGUAUACAGCUACCAGUCAUGGUCUACCUGGUUGUCAGUUAAAAUCCAAUAAAGAGGAAUUAAUUCUAAUGUAAGUGAAA